CAGAGUCAAAUGAUAACAGAGACUUGCUAAAGCAGCCACUCCACGGGAUUUAUAUUCCGGUGGCUCUCAUCAUCUUUGGCACCUGCAUCAUUGACUACCACUACCUCCCAUACACAAUGACCUUCACGGCCAUUAUCUGCACGAUCAACUUCUGGGAAGCUUGGAGACGUAGAAAGUCGAUUGACCCUGUGAAAUGGAAUGACUUGGAACUUAUUGAUAAAACUGUCAUUUCGAAGAACUCCGCUAUUUAUAGAUUCAAGUUGUUCCACGAGGACGAGGUGUUGGACAUUCCCGCAGGCCACCAUGUUGCUUGUUGUUUCAGCAUCGAUGGCAAGGACGAGAUCAGGUACUACUCCCCGAUCUCCAACAGAUUUGAUACCGGCUUCUUUGAUAUCUUGGUGAAGUCGUAUCCUAACGGUAAAGUCUCCAAAAGAUUUGCCAUGUUGAAGGAGGGCCAGACUGUGAAGUUCAGAGGGCCUGUGGGCAGGUUGAACUACACCACAAACAUGGCCGACCACAUUGGUCUCGUGGCUGGUGGAUCGGGUAUUACUCCUAUUUUGCAAGUGAUCACUAAAGUCAUCACUACGCCGGAGGAUAAGACGAAGCUCACGUUACUUUUUGGUAAUGAAACUGAAAACGACAUUUUGUUGCAGAACGAGCUCGACGAAAUCGCCAAAAAAUACCCUGAUUUUAGCGUGCACUAUGCUGUCACGGAGCCGUCGGCUGCUUGGGAGGGAGAGACCGGAUACAUAACCAAGGAAAUGAUCGAGAAGUACAUGCCCAAGCCUUCUCACGAAAAUAGGCUUUUCAUCUGUGGCCCUCCAGAGAUGAAGAAGAGUUUGAUUGAGGCGUCCAGCGAGUUGGGUUGGGAAAAGACAACCAUGAAAUCGCUGCCAGAAGAUCAGGUGUUUUGUUUCUGAGUUUUUGGAUGACCUACGUCUCUCUGUUCUUCCCACAUCUGCAGCUAAAGGCUGCGUGUGGCACCGUCAUCUUUGUUAUGAAUCUAUUUUCCAAAGUAGACAAGCAUUCUAGGGUGAACGGCUUGGAGAGAUGCGCUUUCCAAUAUCCAUCAUCAGGAAAUCCAACUCGAGUUGAUGGCUAGAGAGGAUGCUGAGGAUGUAGGAAAUCGAAUUAUUUAGCAUGAAUAUAUUGAAAAUUUGUAAAAUCCGAUAGGUA